AUGGCCGCUGACUCGGGAAUGGAGACGUGUCCCUCCCCAGAAAUUGCGGACUCCAGGAAAAGGCCUCUUGACUGCGACGCAGAGAACGGAGCCACCAAGAGGUCACACUACGGAACAGCAGGAGGAGAUGGAAUGUACCAUCUUAAAGUACUUGUACCAGGGGUGGCUGCUGGGGCCAUCAUCGGGAAAGGUGGUGAGACUAUUGCCCAGCUGCAGAAAGACACAGAUGCUAGGGUUAAAAUGUCUAAAGCUCGGGAUUUUUAUCCAGGUACCUCGGAACGUGUGUGUCUGAUAACUGGAAGCGUUGAUUCCAUAAUGGCUGUAAUGGAUUUUAUAAUGGAAAAAAUUCGUGAAAAACCUGAUUUGACGUCCAAGAUAACAGUGGACUUUGACUCUGGUAAAGCAACUGCUGAGAGAGACAAACAGGUAAAGAUACUAGUACCAAAUAGCACGGCGGGAAUGAUUAUUGGCAAAGCAGGAAAUUAUAUAAAACAAAUAAAGGAAGACUCUGGAUCGUACGUGCAGAUAAGUCAAAAAGCUAAAGACUUAUCUCUACAAGAACGUUGUAUCACAGUAAUAGGUGAAAAGGAAAACAAUCGUAGUGCAUUACUUAUGAUACUUGCUAAAAUUGCCGACGAUCCACAAAGUGGCACGUGCCUAAACGUCAGUUAUGCUGACGUAAGCGGCCCGGUAGCCAAUUACAAUCCUACAGGCAGCCCCUACGCCCAAGCACCCGGGACCGCACCCACGUACCCAACUCCAGCUGGCCUCAAUACCGUGAGUCUGUUGAACGGUGCUGGUUUGAGUUUAAACUUGAACCUAGGCGCUGCAAUAACGGCCGGUACAGCACCUGUAACGACUCAACUUCUCGAGCAUAUUAAAUUGAAUUUGAGAAGUACGGGUUUUUCCGAGGCAGCGGCAACCGAAAUUCUGACGGCGAUUGCAACAUUAGCCAAAUACAAUAUUCUGGGCAUGGGUAUUGGCGGUAUGCCAAGUGUGAGUUACCUGGGAAAUCCAAUUGACAGCACAACAUCGGCUAACGGGUCAAACAACAAUGGAGGAGUGUUUGGUCCAAUUGGUACGGUACCGACACUGGGAUCGACGUCACCAACUCCAAGGAAUACGCUCGAGAGAUACGAGGCGUUUGAUCCAUUUCGACAGAACAACACUGCUGCUGGUGCCAUUCAUCUGAACAACAAUUCAUUCGGAUUGGGCACAAACCAAUUGUCACUCGUAAGUAAGAGUCCUACUCAGGUAGACACCAACAGCAAGGAGACCAAGAAAGUAGAUAUAGAAAUUCCAGAGGUUAUAGUGGGAGCAAUACUGGGACCCGGUGGUCGCGCACUCAUUGAGAUUCAACAGCUAAGCGGUGCCAACAUUCAAAUAUCUAAGAAGGGUAUGUUCGCGCCCGGUACGAGGAACCGCAUCGUUACUAUCACGGGUUUUCCAAAUGCUAUCGGGAUUGCUCAGUACUUGAUCGAACAACGGAUCAACGAGGAAGAGGCUAAACGAGCGCGUCAUAACGUCAUUGCCGGCAUGAUCCAUUGA